AUGGACUAUACUACUUAUUCAUCGCAAUCAUCAGUAUUUUCUCCCUUCCCAAAUUAUAAACCCUUGACUGAAAAUACUUUUCACAAUGAACAACAACAACAACCACACAGAACUAUUGAAGAUAGCUUGAGAGGUUUGGAAAGCUUUUUUACUAAUGAUCUUUUGGGAAAUCCCAUUGUGGAAAAUAACUCUUUGGAGACAAAUACAAUUGAUAUUAAACAUAAAACUGAUUUUAACUGUAAUGAUAAUAAUUAUUUACAUGAUAAUAUUAGUCUUAAUCACAUUCAACAUAAUGGGUUAACAUAUGAUACUAGUGGAAAGAUCGCAUCACCAAAUAAUUUAUAUUAUAAUAGUCAAUCUUAUGAGUACAAAAAUGCCGAUACAUUUUUAUCAUUAUCUCAGCAACAGCCACAGUACAAUGAUCAAAUACCAAGAAGCAUUCCUUUCGAUAUGUCUGCCAAAUCAAUCUAUUUAAACCCAAAACUAUCGAUGGCUAUUGUUCCGAAAUGGGUAAAUGUUCCAGAGGGUUCUAAGUUUUUUGUCAUUAAAUCAUCCAAUAUUGAACAUAUACAAAAAUCUUAUUAUAAUAGAAUUUGGUCAUCUACAUAUUUUGGAAAUAAAAGGUUAAGUGAAGCAUUCAUUUCAUUGGAAUACGAUAGUAAGAUUUUCUUACUAUUUUCUGUCACCAAAUCAGGAAGAUUUUGUGGCGUUGCUGAAAUGACUUCAAAUAUACAAGAUAACUUGGAUACAAGCAUAUGGGAAGAUGAUGAUAAAAAAUUUGGACAAGCUUUUAAAGUUAGAUGGGUAUUUGUCAGAGACGUCCAUAAUAGAAAUUUAAAACAUUUCCUAAUACCAGCAAACGAAAUGAAACCAAUCACCAAUUCAAGGGAUACACAAGAGAUACCUUUUUCCAUUGGUAAUUCGAUAAUUAAACUAUUUAAGGAUAAGACAAAAAACACAGCAAUAACAUCAUUCCUGGAUGAGUGCUACGAAUAA